UACCUUACACAAGAGAUCUUACCUGAAUAGGUACAUAACAAGAACCCCUAAAUGGUAUUGUACUGUAUUGUACAAUACAACAGAACAAAGAUCGGCAUCGGCCGCAGACCGUAGCAGAUAAGGACCCUUAUCAACUCCAUUCUCAGCACUGACGUCGAUGUUCCCGGGCUCGUGACUCCGACAUAUCAAAAAUCAAAUCUUUUAUUAUUUCGUCUUCAAACCCUGGUUAUGACUCCAACUGCUCCAACAUACAACUAUUCUACACUCCUGCUCACCGCUCGACACCACACAAUGCCGCCAUGAAGAGCAUAUAUAGGCCGUUGCGGUGUUUUCACGCACCCAAGGCCUCGAUUGCGAGUUCCAGACGCAACGUCCUUGGAUCGUGUUUUUAUUCGUCACAUGCUACUAGCAGCUCGUCGCCUCUGUUGUCGAACGAUGAGAAAUGGUCCCAUCCCCCAAGCACCGCGACGGUGACCGACGACGAGAUUGCAGAUCUCGCCAACAAGAAGCAACACCCAUUGAGUCUUGCUGAUUUGGUCAAACAUGGUCGGCCACCUCUCUCAGCAGAGGCCCUUUUCUCGUCGGCCAACUUCACUCUUUCCCUACUGCCUAUUCGACUAGCCCAUCGCAUCCAGGCAUUGCGAAACCUACCCUUCAUCGUGGUCUCGAACCCCAACAUCAGCAGGAUCUACCACAACUACUUGCAUUCAUUAUCGACUCUCCUACCUUGGAAACACCAUACUAUCAACAACCUAGAUGCCGAAAUCCUAUUCACCUCAGUUCUUGCCGAGCUAGUCCACACCCACCAAGAUACCAUUCCUAUCCUAGCUAAGGGCUUCCUCGAAUGCCGGCGGUACAUUUCUCCCCAGGAGGUUACGCGUUUUUUGGAUACUCACCUGCGCACCCGUAUCGGCACCCGUCUCAUCGCCGAGCAGCACAUUGCCUUGCACUACAGCAGCCUUCCACACUUCGACCCUUCUGCCUCGCCAACCCCGUGCCCCGAGCAUCCUUCCUACAUUGGCGUUAUUGAUACCGCCCUCUCGCCCUCCGCCGUUGUAGACUCGUGCGCCGGCUUCGUGGCCGACAUCUGCGAGUUGAAGUAUGGCGUGCGACCACACUGGGUGAUCGACGGCGAACCCUCGACCACUUUCGCCUUCGUGCCCAUGCAUCUGGAGUACAUCGUGACGGAGCUGCUAAAAAAUGCGUUCCGCGCCACCGUAGAGAGCGGUCGCAACCGCGAGCCCGUCGUCAUAACUAUCGCUCCAGAACCACCUGACGCCGGCGGACCCCGCGUAACCCUCGACCCCCCUGCCGGCAACAAGGGCGCUUUCAAGAGCGACGCCAUCAUGCCGCUCGACGACAACGCGCCGGGAGUUACCAUCCGCAUCCGCGAUCGCGGCGGUGGCAUUGCCCCUGAUGUCUUACCAAAUAUCUGGAGUUAUAGCUUUACUACCUUCAUGGAGGAAGAUAUUUCGGGUGGCAACGGGAACGGGGGUACUGGUAACGAUGCGUUAAGCGUGAUAUCCGCAUCCGGGGGUAACGGGAGCUCCAUCGCCGGUCUGGGCUACGGACUUCCGCUUAGCCGCGCUUACGCGGAGUACUUUGGCGGCGGCAUAGCUGUUCAGAGUCUGUACGGCUGGGGAACCGACGUCUACUUGCGGCUGAAGGGCGUCGGCAAGAUUGAUACUAUAAGUCCAUAAGGCGUAUAGUUUUACGAUGGAUUAAAAGACAA